AUGCUUUAUCUUGUCAAAGUACAAAUAGCACGCUGGUGCAGCAGCAGCAGCAGCAGGCGUUGCCCGGGUGGAUGUGCCGGAGUCACCGAGCGCUGGCGCUGCGGCCGCGGGACAGGGACCCAGCCCGCGGGGCGCGCCGUGCUCGGCCUCGCCGGGAGCCGCUCCCGGGCUCUGGGUGGGCGCUGCCGCCUCCUCCCCUUGACGGCACCGGCUUCUGACCCGGGCCCCGCUGCCCGGGAUUCCCGCCCCUCGCCCCUCACGGCCCCGCCGCCCUGCCUGGGAUUCCCGCCCUUCGUCCCCUCACGGCCCCGCCGCCCUGCCCGGGAUUCCCGGCCCUCGUCCCCUCACGGCCCCGCCGCCCUGCCUGGGAUUCCCGGCCCUCGUCCCCUCACGGCCCCGCCGCCCUGCCCGGGGUUCCCGCCCCUCGCCCCUCACGGCCCGCGCGGGGCGGGGCCAGCACCGCCCGACUCCCGCCGCUCCCGGCUCCGGGUUGCCGCUGCCGCCGCCGCCGCGGGGCUCACAGGCAGCGGGGGCCGUGCCCCAGCCAUGGCCGGGAGCGGAGCGCGGCUGCGCUGCGGCCGCCCCCCGUCCCUGCUCCUCCUCACCUGGUUCUGCGCGCCCCUGCUCGGCCGGCCCGCAGCCUCACACGCGGCUGUAUCUGAACCUUCUUUUAUUGCUAAAAGUGAAGAUCGUUUGUUUAAGCAUUUAUUUGAAGACUAUCAAAGAUGGGUUCGUCCAGUGGAACGCUUGAAUGACACCAUAAAAAUCAAGUUUGGCCUUGCAAUCUCUCAGCUAGUAGAUGUGGAUGAGAAAAAUCAAUUGAUGACAACAAAUGUAUGGUUGAAACAGGAAUGGAUAGAUGUAAAACUAAGGUGGAACCCUGAAGACUAUGCUGGAAUAACAUCCAUCCGUGUCCCAUCCGAUUCUAUUUGGAUUCCAGAUAUUGUGCUGUAUGACAAUGCAGAUGGACGUUUUGAGGGAACAUCUACAAAAACUGUGGUAAAAUAUGAUGGCACCAUUGCUUGGACUCCACCAGCAAACUACAAAAGCUCUUGUACUAUUGAUGUAACAUUCUUCCCCUUUGACCUUCAAAAUUGCUCAAUGAAGUUUGGUUCCUGGACUUAUGAUGGCUCACAGGUUGAUCUAAUUCUUGAAGAUUAUGACGUUGACAAAAGAGAUUUUUUUGAUAAUGGAGAAUGGGAAAUAGUGACUGCAACAGGGAGCAAAGGGAACAGGACUGAUGGGUGCUGCUGGUAUCCUUUUGUUACAUAUUCAUUUAUAAUUAGACGUUUGCCACUUUUUUACACUUUGUUUCUCAUUAUUCCUUGUAUUGGGCUUUCAUUUCUAACUGUCCUUGUCUUCUAUCUUCCUUCAAAUGAAGGUGAAAAAAUUUCACUCUGCACUUCAGUGCUGGUAUCUUUGACUGUUUUUCUUCUCGUUAUUGAAGAAAUUAUUCCCUCAUCCUCUAAAGUUAUCCCGCUCAUAGGAGAGUACUUGGUGUUCACGAUGAUUUUUGUGACCUUGUCCAUCGUGAUCACUGUCUUUGCUAUCAAUAUCCACCACCGCUCCUCGUCCACACACAAUGCCAUGGCCCCCUGGGUUCGCAAGAUAUUCCUGCACAAGCUGCCCAAGCUGCUCUGCAUGAGGAGCCACGUGGACAGGUACUUUGCUCAGAAGGAGGAGACAGCAAAUGUGAACGGAUCAGAGUCAUCCAGGAACACCUUGGAGGCGGCUCUGGACUCCAUCCGCUACAUCACGAGGCACGUGAUGAAGGAGAAUGAGGUUCGCGAGGUUGUUGAAGACUGGAAAUACAUUGCUCAGGUGCUUGAUCGAAUGUUCUUAUGGGCUUUUCUUCUGGUUUCAAUAAUUGGAUCACUUGUGUUAUUUAUUCCUGUUAUUCAUAAAUGGGCAAGUAUAGUAGUACCUACCCAUAUAGGCAGUACAAAUGCAUAAAAUAUUUUUGGAGCCACGUCCUACUGAUCUGGCUCUAAGUUUUGCAGUAGCUCUGUUUCCAUGCAUGUUCUUUGUAGGCAUGUUUCUGAUAGAGAGAAAAAAAAUCCUAAACUAGAAAUUUAGUUUUUUCUUAAAGCAUGGCAUUCCCAGGACACAUAGAAGUCAAUUUGCUUAUUGCCAGUCUACUGAGCUACUGCUAAGCCAGGUCACAAUUCAAAGAACCUGCUCAAGCCACGGCAUGUAUGAUUUAUCAAAAAAGCAUACACUGACACCUACUGUGAUAUAGAAGGAUUUCAAUUUUUUAAUGAUGAUCACUGUAGUCCAAUUAUUAAAUAACUAUAGAAAUUGUUAUACUAAAUAUUAAAUAUUUGCAGUUACACAAUAGAGAUGCUUGUUUCAAUUUAGUAUACAAAGGAGAAUUUUUAUCAGUUCUCUUCAGGGUGUUGUAGAAGUCUGAAAUUUUGCCAGAGUAAUUUAAAACAAUAAAAAUGCAAGUUCAACUUCCUGUAUAUAUAAUACACAACUAAGAGCAGAAAUUUGGCCGUGUUUGGCCUUUAUAGAUUUUCAGUGGAAUUUGCUGCUAAACUUUAAAGCUUAAUUCUGUGAUACUAACAUGAGGAUUUAAUAAGCUUUAAAAUGCCUAAAGCAUUUGUGUAUAUUGAUGUCUCCAUCAGCUUUGGAAAGGAAGGCAAAGGCAGGUAACUGAGUUCCCAAAUUGCAUAAGUAUUCUAAGGGGCUGGAAUAUUCAGAUUUCUUUACUCUUGAUGAAGAAUUUGAUACAGUAUGUGAGUUUGCAGACAUGUUCAUUAUUUCCUGUCUUUGGGUGCUUCCUCAGAAUUAAAUUUUAAGCCCAGGCAGAAGGAAUUUGUGGAGCAUCUUUCUGAAGGAAAUGGGUUGUAAAUCAUUUUGCUGUGGAGCCAAAUGGAGAUGAUUAAUGGAUUUCACAUUUGUUAAACUGAACUUAAGAGAGCUACCUUGGAUUAGUUCUUCCAUUUAUAAAACCAUAUGUAACUCUCAGCAGCAAGGACUUAGAAUUUUCAAUAUUUCCUUUUUCCUAAGAUCACUGAAAACGAACUUGCCAUUUUUCAAUUAUUCAUUAAAAUACAUAAAAAUACAUUAAAAUGUAUUUUUACAUUGAUUCCAAUGCCACCUUUCUUCCUUCCUUAGUAGCUUUAU